GAAGGCACAGAAGCAGUCAUGUUAUGCUACAACUCAUUAUACUAAGCUAAGAGGCCCAGAUUAGUCAGGAGACAGGAGGCUCAAUUGUCAUAAUGCAAGACGCCGCCACGAAGCAAAUUGACACUGAUCUACUCAAAGAGAUCUCAGGUUUAAGUAUUCAUCCAGAACAUUCCUACACUUUCCCCUGCUUAAGUCAGCUCAAACAACGCGUUCCAACAACAAACCGCACAGCUACGCACUCACUAGAUAACACUGCAAUACCAAUAACUUGCCCCGCCAUGGAAGACCCGCGGCUCGCACUUGGUGUUGUGAGGACAGUUGCACAGCCAAAUCGGCUGGUGGUUCUUGACCUGGUACAGGGACCCCAGGCCUCCGCAUUGAUGUUUCUCGUUGGUCAGGAGAGAGGGCUCGUCAUCCUCGAGGAUCUGGAUCUGCAGGGGGUUGGCGAGGAUGCAGGUGAUGAGUGAGGGGAGAAGAAGGGCAGAGAGUCUCAUUUUGUUUAGGUUUGGUUGGUUUUCGUUGGAAGUGACGCUUGAGAUAA